UCAACUUUUCCGUGCGCCUCGAAUUCCACAACCCUAUUUCCAUUAAUGAAUCUGUUGAGUGUUUAAUCAAGUCAUUCAUCGAAAUGCGUAUUCCCUAAUAUUCAAAAUGGCAACGUUGUUGGAACAACGAAAACGUGAAUUAUUUUGAGUGGGAGGCUGCCAUUCAGUUUAGAGUAUCGUAGUGUUUGAAGCAGGUGCCAUUCAAACCUACAUUUACGUGCGCCGUGGAGAAGCAGCAACGCGACGUGAGGGAAUGCCAGUAGUCAACAGGUGGCUGGAUGUCAACAUUGCAUACCUAAGCAAAAUUCAUAUGGCAGUUAUUAUCAUGGAAGACAACGAUCAGAUAAUGAAUUUAAACAUAUGCGCGUUAUUGUAUGCUGAGUGAGCUUUGCACUGGGUAAACAAAAUUUCUAUUACUCGCUAGCUCCUCAUUCUUACCUGAUUACGCUAUAAAACCCACCUGAUGGGUGUGCCUUUCUACAAGGUAUUGUAAUAAGCAGCUACACGCUAGCGUCUAGAUCAAGUUUAGGUCAGAUAACCCGUUGACAUUCAAUCUUUGCUACUUGAUAGCCAGCUGUAACAACGACCCAUAUUUUGCAAAAAGAGCCAAAAAUAUGGACAGAGGCCAUGGAGCUACAUUUGGCGGAGGUGGGGCUAAUAUGCAGGAGUAUUGGGACGAAUACAAGAAAAUGAUGGAGGAAACUAAACUACUUGACGAUUAUCUUGAUGAAGAAUCAGGCCCUAGGAGUUACGAUGAGGGUGAAGAAGAGGCGGAAUGGCUGCGAGCAGCAGGUUUGGGGGAAUUGACUGAGCCAUGGAAAGAAGGACGGGAAAUUCAGCCAGAAGAGCUAGGAGCAGCUCUACGUCCUCUAUCUCGAGCACAAGCGGAGGCAGUGAAGCGUAGAGUGAAAUCUCUCAAUCAUACGGUGAAACAACGCUUCAAUCAAAAGCAGAAAGUUCGUAAGCCGGAUAUUAGAGAUGUUUUCAAAGACGUUGAGGUGUCGAGUACAGGCACAAGAUCCCGCAGCGCGACUCCAGAUUCACUGGAUUCAGUUCCAGGGGAAACUUUGGAAAAUGUUUUGCCACCUUCCCCGCCCACAGUUACAGUGAUCGAUGCUCACCAGGGCAGUAACAACGUACCGAGCUUUGUAUCAAUUUUCCACCGCCCUUCGAUUGAUGGCAAAGAAACCAUUCGCAGAUUGACUAGUGCUCCUAUGCCCAUUGUUCAUCCAACUCCAAUUCCUGCACCAGCUUCUGUGCCUAUUCAAGAAAUAUUCAGACGGACAGGGAACUGGUCCCAGAAAGGAGAUAUUGCUGGGAAUUCAGAGGGAAUAGAAUUAACUGCUUACCAAAGGCUUGGGACCAUUCACCUCUCAAGACCUUCGAUCCAGAGAAGAAGUGGUAGUGAUCCUAGUGAAGUUGCUAAUACUACUCACUUGGAUGUCGAACCUUCUGGAAAGCUGACGGUAUCUAAAGACCACGCAACGCUAAGGAGAAGCUCUGGAGGCCAUGCGACCGUUACACGAAGUCACAGUAGUUUGUAUGGCCUCACCAGACCUGCGGAGGACAAUUUAAUCACACAUCCUUUGAAUCGCACAGCUUCGCAUGGGCAUCUCAGCUUUGAGGAAAUGUGCCGAACCAAUGAGGCUAAAUCUCACGUAUGGGGUUCAGAUGGGUGUGCAGAGGAUGUGUAUCCAAAACACAAAGUAGAAUUAUUGUCACAGCGAGAACUCACGAGACUCCGAUCACUUCUGUGGCUUGAGCUGACAGCUGUUUUUGACAAAUAUAAUGUGCCUUUGACCAAACGAAAGCCGAACAAACGCAGGAGUAAAGCGGGUAAUUUAUUUGGCGUCUCUUUGUCUACCCUCCUGUUAAGGGACAGCCAACUUACCACAGACGAAAGCAACAUCCCGUUAGUUUUCCAAAAACUAUUACAUGAGCUCUCGAGAAGAGGAAUUAAGGAGGAAGGAAUUCUCCGCGUUGGGGGUCAUAAGCAAAAGGUCGAAAUGCUUUGCAUGGAGCUAGAGACAGAUUUUUAUAGUAAACCCAAGGAGAUCGAUAAAUUGUUUAGACGUACACCAUGCCACGAUUUGUCAGCUGUGUUGAAAAAAUUGCUCAGAGACUUACCCCAACCUUUACUCACCGUUGAACUGAUCGAUGCCUUUUAUCAGAGUCAUGGUGUGAAAAAUUCAGGCGAACUUGCCUACUCCUUAAAUCUACUGGUUUUACUACUUCCUGUAGAACAUCGUUGCACACUCAAGGCAUUGCUGACUUUUUUAAAGCUAGUCGUCGACAAUCAGAGUUCGAACAAAAUGUCUAUUCACAAUGUGGCGAUGAUUGUCGCUCCGUCUCUAUUCCCUCCUCGUUGUGUUUACCCUCGGGAUCAAUCUGAUCUUACUGCACAAGUUAAUAUGGCAGCGAUUUGUUGUCAAGUGACAGAAGCUCUUCUUAACAAUGUAAAUAACCUUUGGUACGUUCCAACCGAUCUGAUCAAUCAGCUGCAUAGGCAAACCGAGGAGGAACGAUACCGUAAGUAUAAAAAAAAGUAUUACUAAUUCUCAGGUUAGCCCUUAAGUGGUUAUUGGGAAGUCUAAGACCCUUGGGCAGUCAGUAAUUUUUAUUUAACUAUUUUUUCUUUGAUAAUUAUCACUCCAGUUUGGUGCUUAGUUAACCGUCAUUAACUGAAUAAACAGGUGCAAUCGCAGCCCCAAGUUUAAAUUAGGCUGUACGAACUUUAUUUUUAAGAAAUAAUCUUGAUAAGGCAAGUAGGUUACGAAACUCCGAGAACUAUUGUCACUUUAACUAAGUCGCGAAUUACUUCCAAGAAUUUACGAUAGAUUCACAGUGUGCAAUACCUGCAGGGAAACCUUUUUUACUAUACAUAUAGAAAUGAAAGAAAGAGGCCUAAUUUUCUAAUCUACAUAAGAUAAAGUCUGUCUGAAAUUUAUUGUGUACCUACAGUACGCGUUUAUCGGAGUACUUGCCUUACGGUAACUGACGACGAAUGAACAUGUAUUCCGUAACUAUAGAUCUUUCAUUUUCUCAUCCUACGGAUCAUUGUUAGUUUUCUUAUCUUGUUGAUUAUCUUUUAACUUAUAUUUUAUUCAUUAUAAAUUAUUUAUCUUAUUAAUUGAUACGCCGGGACAAGAUUGGGAUCUUUUUUCUCCAGAGAAUGCUGAAUUCUCUCAGAAUUAAAAAUAGUAUUGAUGUAUGUAUUAUUACAUAUCGGACUUUUAUUAUUAUUGUUAUUAUAGCUCACAGAAUUUUUCAUGCAUUGUAAAACGGCGCAACGAAAUUUCAUUCCAAGUAUUUUAUUAGAUAUGUAAACAACGUGGUUAUUAUUUUCAAUGAAUGUGAUUUUUUCCAUGGGACGAAGGAGAUUGGUAUAAAAAUUACCAGAAUUCCAAAAGCCAUUGGGUGCGGGCUUUUUGGUACGAACACAUCUCAUUUCCAUACAGGCAUUUUCUCCUUUUGUUUUUCUUUUAUUUAUUCUACAUAUACAUUUAUGUAUGUAUGUAUGUACAGUAUAUAUCAGUUUCUUCUCCAUACGAUAUCGAUACUUGUAUGUAUUGUUGUUUAUCGUCUGAUACAAGCCAUAUUAUUUUAAGGAUCUGUAAAUAUAUGAUUUCAUAAAAUAUACCUAUAUACAUAUACAUUAUUAUACGUAUACAACUAAUAAGGUGCCAAAGAAAAUAUACAGACAUUACUUCUA